CUUGUGAACAAGUGUCACUUAUUUGUUAAUUUUUGUGGUAACUUUUAAAAAAUCAUGGAUUACGAUCGAAACAAUGAAACUGAAAUACAUAAGACGCCGAUACAAAAAUUUUACGCCGGACAGUCAAUUCUCAUUACAGAUUUAAACAUUUAUCCGCUUAUGAGAGACUCCAGCGAGGCACUUCUUCUCUAGAGGUUGGAAGUCUCAUUAUCCCGAAGAGUAAUUUAUCAAAAAUCCUUUAAAAAGCAUCCUCUCUGUUCAACUAGUUACCCUGUAGUACCGGAUUUCUCGGAAAGAUGUUAAUUGAAAAAUUGUUACGAAGUUGUCCCGAUAUUUCUAAAAUAUAUCUAUUGAUACGUUCGAAGAAAGAUGAAUGCCCUAAAAGCCGACUAGAUGAUAUAUUUGAAAAACCGUUGUACAACCGAUUAAAAGAAGAAAUGCCCAAUUUUCGCAAAAAAGUCGUGCCGAUUAUAGGCGAUUUUAAUGUCGAAAAUUUAGGACUGUCCGAAAAUGAUAAAAAUAUGUUGAUACGUAAGGUGUCCAUAAUUUUCCACUUGGCGGCGACUGUACGUUUCGAUGAGGAAAUAAAAACUUCUGUGAUAAUAAACGUUAUUGCUACCAACGUCAUUCUAGACAUGGCUAAACAUAUGCUAAACUUAAAGUCACUUAUUCACGUAUCGACCUUGUACGCAAAUUGCCAUGUGAAACAUAUCGAGGAACGUUUUUACACGUAUCCUAUUGAUCACAGGAAUCUUAUCACACUCAUACAUACUUCAUCCGAAAACAUAAUCCAUGAAAAGUUAGCUAAAAUCGCUUCAUCAUGGCCGAACACAUAUACAUUUACAAAAGCUAUGGCGGAAACACUUGUCAGAGACGAAGGCAGAGACUUACCGAUCGGGAUAUUUCGACCUGCGAUAGUUAUAUCUAGCGCUAGAGAACCGAUCAUUGGAUGGGGCGAAAAUUUGUAUGGACCAGUUGGAAGUACACUAUCUGUCUUACUCGGUUUGUCGAGAUUUCAAUGGUGCGAUCCCGAUAGUCAGGCAAAUUUGGUGCCUGUUGAUUUUACUGUAAACGCUUUAAUUGUUAGUGCAUGGGAUGUCUCUAAUCAAUGCAGGAGAGGCAAAGAUAUGUUAAUUUACAAUUAUAUAUCGGCGGCUAAUUCGCCGACAUGGAGCGAAUACAUCAAUAAAAUAAUCUGCAUAAAUCAGAAAUAUCCCUUGAAGAAUUCCAUAUGGUUACCAUUCAUUUUUUUAAUACCACGAGAAAUACCAUAUACAAUUUGCAUUUGGUUAGGUCAUUUGCUUCCAGCUUUUCUCAUAGACGGUGUAAGGAUAUGCACGGGCCGUCGUCCGAGAAUGUGGAAAUUAUAUGGUAAAAUUCAUAAAGCUAUCAAAUCAGUUGCAUAUUUUUCGAUCAAUACAUGGUAUUACACCAAUGAUAAUGUUCAAACGAUGUGGAACCUGUUGAAUAAAGAGGAUCAACAAUUAUUUCAAUUCAACAUGAAGGAUUUUGACUGGUCCAAAUAUCUCACUGAUUUUCACAAAGGCAUACGUCUUUAUUUAUUAAAUGAAGAUGAUAGUAAUUUGGAAACCAGUCGUACCAAUUAUAAAAGGCUUUAUUGGACACAUCAAAUAUUUAAAACUGUGUUUAUUUUUGCCACUCUUUGGGUUAUCUGGAACAUAUUCAUCAAAAUAUUUGCAUAAUUGUUCCAUGUUUCUUUAAUAUGUUUCUCUAAUAUGUUUCAAUUUAUUAAUGCUAUAUUAGUAAGUAUAUUUUUAUUUUA